AUGGACGAUUCGGUCCCUGAUACGCCGGUUCGUGACAAAAGGGUCGUUCACGGCACUCCGCCCAAAGACGAUGCAGAAUAUGAGACGGUUGCCACCGUGCCGCUGGCGAACCAUCACCAGCCUCCCACCACGCAAUUGACCCCGGCUUCUCAACGACUAACCCAACCGACCCAGCUUGUGGAGCCCCCUCCAUCUGCGAAAAGAAAUUCUUCGGUUGUCCAGGUUGUCGCUUCCUCUCCGUUGGGCCCGGCGUCCUCACCAUCUCGUCCUACUCCGGUCGGCGGUCGUCUUGCCAACAUCAUGGCUCCUACUGGCACUCAAUUCCGUCCCCCUGUCUCCGCAGGACCGGCCAAGCGUGCUCCGGUCAUCGACCUCGACGAAGGCCCGACGUAUCGUGGCGGAUCUUCCGACGACGACGGCCAGACGGCAAGGAGCACGGAUAUUAAACCCUCUAUGUUCACCAAAUCUACUCGCAGCCCCGAAAAGGUCAUGGACUCCCCUCCCGGAGGGGAUCCAUCGAUCAAUCGGUUCAAAGAGAUCACUGCGUCGGCGAUGUACAACCCCAUGAGCCCCAAACGCCCUGCCGCUCAAAUGGACCCUGCCCCGAAAGGGAUUCCGGUUAAACGGCCCCGCCAGGAUGCGCCUUCCCGUGCGCAUCCAGUGCAGGUGAACAUUUCAUCUCUACAGGAUAUCGAAGAUUAUCAGACGCGAGUGAAGGUGGAACGAAUGCUGAAAAUAAUGCCCCAGAAGUCGGUUCAGGCUUGUGUGCAGGCCCUCCUACUCAAACGCGGAAAUUAUGAUGAUGCGCUAGAUUGCUUAGCCAGCGCCGAUGAGAUUUAUGUGACUGGGAGGCUUGAUUCGUCCGAAGAUGAGCUAAGUAUGGGCAACCAUGUAUCAUCCAAUGUGCCGGCGAAGCAGCAGAUCAAAGCUCGGGGCACAAUACACGAUAAAUGGGCUGCCAUGAACCUGCAGAAUCGCGGCAGCCAGAAGACGGAACCCUCGCAGGAAGAGUCCAAGCCACUAAGGCGCUUGAUGAGGGGACCCAAGAACCGUGUCGCUUCUCCAAGUCCCGUUCGCUCUGAGUCGCCCCCGAAGAAGAAACCCGGUCGACUAAUCCAGGGACGGAGGCGCCCCUCGCUUAACCGCUCAGAGUCACCGGAGGCGCCCUUGGUAAUAUCGGACGAUUCGGACUCCGCGAUUGACGCUGCGCCGGAGAGUAGUGAACAGUUGGAGACGAAAGUGUUGAACUUUUUCAACAGUUGCAACAUGCUCGACUUGGCCGACAUUGCGGCGACCACUGAAGAGAUUGCCGAGCUCAUAAUCUCCCAUCGCCCAUUCGCGACUCUAGAUGAGGUUCGUGCUGUUCCUGCUCCCGCCAGUACGCAAGCCGCAAAGCCCAAGGGCAGCCGCGGGCGGAAGACACCCAAACCAAUUGGCGACAAAAUUGUGGAUAAAUGCCUCGACAUGUGGGUGGGAUAUGAAGCGGUUGAUUCUUUGGUUGCUCGCUGCGAGGCGCUUGGUAAGCCAGUCGCGGCGGAGAUGAAGAAAUGGGGGGUGGACAUCUUUGGGAAGCGCGAUGGAGAAUUAGAGCUGGUAUCAAUGGAUCCUGGAGCAUCGCACGAUUCCGGAAUUGGGACUCCAGCCAGUCAGCGGUCCGAUGAAGAUAGUGACGGGCCUUCCUCGAACUCUCGCAAAGGCCGAUACAUAUCCCAGCCUGCAAUUAUGCGUGAAGACCUGAAGAUGAAGAAUUAUCAAAUCGUCGGCAUCAACUGGCUGUCGUUGCUGUUUGAAAAAGAGCUGAGCUGCAUCUUGGCGGAUGAUAUGGGCCUCGGGAAAACCUGUCAAGUCAUCGCCUUUCUGGCCCAUCUGUAUGAGAAGGGGUUCAAGGGCCCUCAUUUGAUCGUGGUGCCUUCUUCCACCAUCGAAAACUGGCUCAGAGAGUUCCAGAAGUUCUGCCCCACCCUCUCAGUGAUGCCAUACUAUGCUGGCCAAGCGGAGCGGGCGAUGAUCCGGGAAACGAUCGAAGACAACCGAGACAGCAUCAAUGUAAUUAUCACUACAUAUACGAUCGCGAAGGCCAAGGUUGACGCACAUUUCCUGCGCAACAUGGAUUUCUGUGUCUGUGUCUAUGACGAAGGGCACAUGCUCAAGAGUUCGACGUCCGUCUUGUAUGAAAAGCUGAUUCGGAUCCCAGCCCGCUUCAGGCUGCUACUGACGGGAACGCCUCUUCAAAAUAACCUGCAGGAGCUUGCAUCACUCCUUGGGUUUAUUCUCCCGAAAGUCUUCCAGGAACGCAAAGACGAUCUCCAAUAUGUCUUUGCCAACAAGGCGAAGACUGUUGACGAGUCCCACUCCACGCUCCUUUCUGCCCAGCGCAUUGAACGUGCGAAAUCCAUGAUGAAGCCAUUUAUCUUACGACGAAAGAAACAUCAGGUCAUUGAUCUCCCUGCAAAAACCUCUCGCGUGGAGUAUUGUGAGCUCAACGAUGCACAGCGGGAGAUCUACGAACACGAAAAGGAAGAGGUGCGUAGGCUUUUAGCUGACCGAGCAGCUGGUAAAAAGACGGGCAACAAGUCUGCCAAUAUUUUAAUGAAGCUUCGCCAAGCGGCCAUCCAUCCCCUUCUAUACCGCCGCCACUAUAAGGACACUAUUCUGAGCCGAAUGGCCAAGGCGUGCUUAAAAGAAGAGCAAUGGUCCAUGUCUAAUCCGGACAUCAUCUUCGACGAGCUGAAAGCCUACAAUGAUUUCGAAUGCCAUACCAUGUGCGUCAACUACCCGAAAUCUCUUGGGAAGUUCGUUUUAAAGAACGACGAGUGGAUGGAUUCGGGGAAGGUGGACAAGCUUUGCGAGCUGCUCCAGCGGUUUAAGGAAAACGGGGAUCGCACUUUGGUCUUCUCUCAGUUCACCAUGGUCAUGGAUAUCCUUGAACAUGUGCUCGAACAUCAGCACGUUGGCUUUGUCCGGCUAGACGGGCGGACAAAUGUCGAAGACCGUCAGUCCAUUCUCGAUGCUUUCCAUGAACGAACCGACAUCCCGGUGUUUCUCCUUUCCACCAAAGCCGGCGGCGCAGGUAUCAACCUUGCCUGUGCCAACAAGGUGGUCAUCUUCGACUCCAGCUUCAAUCCUCAGGAGGAUGUGCAGGCUGAAAACCGCGCCCACCGAGUUGGUCAAACCCGCGAAGUUGAAGUUGUUCGCCUUGUGACCAAGGACACGAUUGAGGAACAGAUCUACGCUCUUGGCCAGACCAAACUUGCUCUGGAUCAAGCCGUCGCGGGCGAAGAUGGCAUCGAGUCCAAGAAGACCGAGGAGGCUGGCAUGAAAGUGGUUGAAGAUAUGGUCCUUGCAGAUCUGAAUGAAGAGAAAAAGGAUUCAUAA